AUGAAGAAAAGAUUUGCAAGUCACACUGAUCAAGAAAUUGAAGAGAAGAGAAAAAAAACUGUGCCAUAUAACACUCAAAAAAUGAACACUCACUGUGCUGAAACCUUUAGGAAAUAUCUUGAAGAAAAGGGUCUUGAAACUAAUUUUGAAGAGUUUGAUGAAACAAAAUUAGCUGAAGCAUUGAGUCAUUUUUAUACGGAUGCCCGUACUGUGAAUGGGCAGGCAUAUAAAACCUCAACACUUGAAAACAUUCGGCAUAGUCUGAAUAGAUACUUGAAAUCUCCACCGUUCAAUAAACAUUUUGACAUUAUCACUGGUCCAGAAUUUUUGGAUGCAAAUGAAUGCAUGAAAACAGCUUUAAAAGAGCUAAAACAAAAUGGGCAAGGAUCUAUAAAUCACUACCCUAAGAUUACAGAUGAUGACCUAGCAAAGCUGUACAUGAGUGUAUAUCUCACUCCAAAUACACCAUCUGGCCUACUUAAUAGAGUGCAGAUGAAUAUAAGAUUAUUUUUUUGUAGAAGAGCAAAUGAAAAUUUCGAUCAGAUGACAAAAAGCACAUUUCAAAUUGGAAAAUACCCUGAUGGAACUAGAUAUGUCUAUAAGUCAGAAGAUGAAUUAACAAAAAACCAUCAAGAAAAACAAAAGGCAUUAAUAACAGGUCACAUGCCAGAAGAUAAGAUUAAUAGUGACCUAUGCCCAGUAAGACUGUAUGAGCUAUACACAUCAAAAUUGAAUCCAUCCAACAAUCGCUUAUGGCAAUACCCAAGAGAUGCUUACCAAUAUGGAGAUGAAAGCUGGUAUCAAAAUAGACCAAUGGGAAGAGACAAACUUGCAUCAUUUCUGAAAUGUCUAUCACAAAAAGUGCCACUUUCGCAAGUAUAUACGAACCAUUCAAUUCGGGUCACUGGUGUAUCUAUCCUUGGGCAGGGAUUUUCUAUGCCGCAAAUCAUGGCAGUGUCCGGACACAGAUCGACAUCGUCCCUAGCUUUAUACCAAAGGGUAUCAGAUACAGAGAAACAACAAAUGGGAAAUGCUAUUUCCAACAAAAUCAUAGGCCAGGAGAAUCUACCAAUGCUGCCAAGUACCAGCCAUACAUUACGCACACUGCCAUCUUGUAGUAGUUCAUUAAAUCCAGAACAGAAUGUAUGUAGCCUGGUGCCAUUCAAACGCAACUUACAAUCAAAUUCAGUGUCUGUAUUGGAUUCAGAUAAUGGGAGGAAUGCAUUGUAUGCAAUGGAUGAUUUCAAUCCUGAAGAUUUCUUCUCAGAUUUUGAUUCACUGCCAGAUGUGUUUGCACCAGCCCGAAAUUCAAUGAUAACAAACCAAAGAGGUCAAGGAAUUUUCAACAACUGCCAUAUGUCAGGAGUCACAAUAAAUUUCAAUUUUGUACAAAAAUAAACUGACAAACAACAGUUACUGAUGUUAAAAAAUAGUUGACAGACACUUAAAAUUUCAAUAUUAUUUCAUGUUAACAGCAGUUUGUUUUAAUAUCUACAGUUGUCCUUAUUGACCUAUUAUUGUUUACAAGUUUAUGUAAACUUUAUAUGUAAGUUGAUUACACAAACCAUACUGUAGCUGAAUAAUUUGAUUUUUUUUGGGGAGGGCGGCUUUUUUGUUUAAUAAGUGUUACCAUUAUUUAAUAUGUUUGGUUUUCACAUUUUUGUAUUGUUCACCUGUUUAUGAGUUUAUAUUUAUAAAGUUAUUGCGCAUUAAAGUUGACAGGUUUGAUCAUCUGAGUGACUCACUAAGAUAUAAAACUUCUCCAUAAAUUCAGAAGAUUGAGUCUGUUUCUUUUUCCAGUAUCCUGAGCAAACUGUCAUUUGUUAAAUUGUUCUCUCUCAAAAUCUGCAACAAUAGAAAAGAAAAACAAGUUAGAUCUACUAUGUACACAUGUAUUUUUGCAAUAUGAUGAAAUAAUAAAUUAAUAAUUUUAAGAACUUACUGUACCUUAAUAAUUACAUAGUUGCAUGCCAUCCACUCAUCAGCUGAAACAUUUUAUUUUACCUUUCUUAGGAAAUAUAUCUAACUGAAUUUGUAUUAUUUUGUUUGGAUAAAAGAAUAAAUUAUGUAAACACUGGUAGGUUCUUUGAGCUAUUAACUAUUGAAAGAAUUGUGAAAACAAUUAAUAAGAUUUAUUAGAUGUUAUACUGUAAAGUAUAAUUUAAAAGGCAACAUUCAUGUACAUAUAUGCAAGAGGUUUAUCAAGUACAUUGAACCACCAUCAUUGUCAUUGAUUGAACUUGCCAAUUUUCUUGCAAAAUGUUGAAAAAUAAAGACGU